AUGGAAAAGACUAUGAAUGUGCUGGAGUCAGAUAAAUGCAAUGCUAAAAAAACCAUAGAAAAGGAACAACUAAAUUUUAAUAGGAUAAAAUAUUUAAAUUUAUGUAAAACUAGAAAUUUGAACCAAAAAAUUGUGGAAGUGUGUUUGCCAAGUUUUUUUGGUGAUACAGAAGAGCUGCAUGCUGACAAUUAUCCCAACUUUAUGAUUUACUAUAUCAAUUGUAUGCAUCCAUUUCCAUUGUCGCAAUUCCAAAGAAAAAUUGAGCAAGAUAACCAAAAUAAUGAUACCAAUUUUAAUAGCAAUAUGAAGAAAAUUUUUGAUAACAUUUCUGUGAUUGAUUGUUUUAACUUGGACGAUUUCUCAACGGUUAUUUUAAAGCUUAUUCAAUCUAUCAAGAUUAAGAAAUUACAAGACGAAAAGAAACAACAACAACUUCAUAGACAGGGAGAAAAGAAUGACCACGAAAUAAUAAAAUUAUUAAUCGUGGUUACAGGGUUAGAUAUUAUGUGGGAUACCUAUAAUAUACAUGGUGGAGUUGAAUCAAAAAGCAGAUUGAACACCAUAUUGUUAAGAAUACGAUCUUUGAGAACCUUUGAUGCUGAUUUUGAUAUUAAGACGAUUUUAAUUUUCCCGCAUCAUUUUGAUGAUGGCAAAGUUAGUGAUGUUUUGGCGGUGAAAAGGAGGAAUAGAUUUAUUCUUUCAAAUUACGUGGCUCGGUAUUAUGCAGAUGCCCUAGUUUAG